ACGCGUGCAAAUCGAUUUAUUAUCACAAGAAGUCCUCAAGUACGCCGCCCGGUAUCUGGGGCGCUGGAUUUUGGACAGCAUAUAAAAAGGUCACACUCGUCCCUCAGUUCAUCAGUUGGAUACCAGACGUUACAGAGAUAUCCCAAAAAUGCACAAAAUUAUAAUCUUCACCGCCAUAGUGGCAAUGGCCGCCGGCGCCCCGGCUGACCUGGCCUACAACACCUACGUGCCUCUCUCCAAGUCCACGCUGACCACCAGCAGCCAAGCUGUGGACCACGGCAGCACCCAUGUCCUCCACACACCCGUUGUACCCUUAUCAAAGUCCACUUUGACACACAGCACCCAAACUGUCGACCACGGCAGCACCCAUGUCUUACACGCACCCUUGUACACCCAUGACGUAGAAUAUCAUGUACCGUUAGCAAAAACAACGUCUACAAAAAGUAGCCAGUACAUCAAUCAUGGAUCACUGACCCCCGUGGUUCACUCUUACUCACCAGUGGUGGUUCACUCUGCCCCAGUGGUGUCAUACAAAGCGCCCACGUCGUCGAUAACACACCACAGCUCGACUGUCCAUGAAACUCUACCCGUAGUCAACUCAUUGUCUUAUUAUGCCUUACAUUAAUUUAUAUUUUUGUUAAUAAACGUUUUUAUUUAA